GGAAGAUAACUGACCCAGACUAUAAACCUGUGGCACCCAGGGCUGUAGUGUGAGCACUCCAAAUAUGUCACGUACCUCCGGAUUGUUAUCUGCUUAAAAGUCUGCCAAGUUCCAGCAAAUUACGUAUCUAUGAUUCGCCAAAUAAUGUAGUAAUCCUUUCAUUGUGGCAAUGUGUUCUCUCUCCAGUUUCAAAAUGUUGGUCUGCAAAGCCUUCAAGUUUCCAGGGCACAAGUUUUGUGAAAAGAAAGCUGACUGCUUCACCGUCGCACUCUCUUUUCGCGUCGGCGAUUAAAUGUGGAAGCCCGUCACAGGAAACCAGUCCUCAAGUUCAGCUUUCACGAGGUACCAGCAAAUCUGUUUUGAGUAUACUGCAAGAGAUGGCAUAAUCGUAUAGCAAACAAAUUUACAUUAGUAACUGCCUGAUUGACUUUAAUGAUCAGAUUGCUGCACGACUGUUGACCACACUAUCUCGUGAUAGUUACAUCAAUGGAUCGUUUUUUCCUUAAACGAUCAAAAACGGAAGACCUUCCUGGAUAACAAUAAACGAAAAUUAUCUGUUUUGCUUUUUGCAUGCAAGAGCAUGGGCUUCAUGAUGGGGAGAAUAAUGGUCACCCUAAUUCCACCCUAAUUCCAGAUUAAUCCGACUGUCUUGAUCUGGGCCCUGACCGAGGUAAAUGGUCUCGGUACAGGCCAAGGUGCCAUUGUGGUUAUGGUACUAUCCAAUAAAUCAGGUAACAAACAUCGCUUUCAUUCUAUAUAUUAUAGAGAUGACAAAGGGACCAUCAGGUAAGCAAUCUUACACUUCUCUAUGCUAUUUUUUUUUCUUCUGUUCUUGCUCUCGGUCUCUGACUUAGGAUUCUCUAUCGAAACAAUGAGACUUUUUCGAUUCCAGCCAACCUCAACACACUUGAGACUUAGACCAACCUUAGUCUAGAUACUAGCAGCAACGCUUUCCAACAUAGUUAAACGUUUUGAUGGAAGACACGUCCAUAAUGAGUUUCUUACCCAGGACGAAUAAAGUGGGGAAAGUGAAUAAGUUUCAAAACUUGAGCGAGAGGUGCAGCGAUGGGGUGGAAAUAUGAAGCUGACCUGAUACAGAGUAGCAACAGAUUAUGUUAUGGCUGACUAGUUUCUCAGCACUGCUCUUGUCCGUCUCUUCCUAUGUUUUUGAGAACUGGGAACGGGGGGAAGCUUCCAGUCGUUGUUUCUUGUCUUUUGGGAUGGAUAUUGGUUACGAAGCGGAGCCGUUCGACCGUUGGACGUCCGGGGCGACGGCCGGGCGACGGCGGUGAGAUGAUUCACAUACUAUGCUUUCUUAACCUGUACUUUGUUCUCUUCUUUUCGACAAUCGCACUUUGGUGCUUUUGUUCGGGAUGAAUAUAUGCCACCCCUGUCACAUCCCCAGACCGGCAAAGAUCGUUCGAUUGAGGGGUAAAAUGGGAAUGUACGCCGGAACACGCUAUGGAGGGCCGGUUACCCUCGGCGGUUUGUAGACAUUCGGGGCCGACAUCGGGGUGGCCUUGCGGGCGGAUGCCUUCCUAUCCCUUGCUUUCUACUCUAUUCCCCCUAAGUAGCAGCUGAAGGAAGAAGGCGAUCGGCGGGUCACGGCGUAUUAGGGUUCGGUCUUGUGGCCAGAGGUCUCCCAUCAGAAGAGAGCGUGAUGCCGAUGAGCGUUUUUUUCUCCGGAUUCCCCUCCUUUCCCAAUAUCGAGGUCCUCAAUCGCACCAUCGAAGGAUUCAUAAAGAUCGGAGUUGUUGGUGCUUCCAAGGUUGCAGUGGAGGAGACCUAUGACUGUCUGAAGAAAGGAAAAUUUUCGGUGGAGAAACUUGAUGAUGCAUUAAGGAAGGUGUGCAGAGGAGGUGCAUAUUGGGGAACUACAGCUGGAGCGUAUGUUGGAAUGGAAUAUGGAAUGGAAAGGAUCCGCGGUACUAGGGACUGGAUUGGAAGCUUUGUCCUGACAAAUAAUUAUAUUAACCACUUGUUGGUCAAGCGGCAAAUGGCUCAACUGUUGUUUUACAGUCUCGUAUCCCUGCUCUCUCUUAUGACCUAAUUUAACAGUUCGUUAAGGGCAAACCCAAGUCGGCCAAGACUCAGGAUCUGAAUUUAGGGAAAGAAUAAUUCAGAAGAAUUUAUGGAGUAGUGUGUUCAGAAAUUCUGCACAAAGAUUAUUUUUUAAUAUUAAUAUUAAAUUGAAUAAGCAACAAAUCCAGCAUAUUGCAUUAUUACUUUCAAGUAAGUGAACAAUAUUUUCCUCUAAAAUGAUGGAAGACUGAGCUGUACAUUAAGCGUUACAAUAGUAAUAGUUGGCUUUUGCAUGAGAAAAAGUUUCUAAGUGGGAUUCUUGGUUAAAGAUGUUAUAUUUAGUUGCAAGAAAUAGGGUUUGUUCUCUAGUUUUAUGUUUUGGUGGUAUGUAGCAACGGAUUGUUGUCUGAAUAUGUUGUCAUCAUUUACUUCAUGUGUCUAGUGAAAGUAACAAUAGUGGCUAUUAUAAAUGGCAAUAUGGAAGACAAGGUAAUGGGACCUCUAGCUUUGGUGAUUGCUUUGUUCUGGUCACAGCGAGUUUAAUGUUCCAUUUAGUUACAUGUGUUACAGGAUGGCAUGUAAGUUAGUGAUUCAAUGUUGGCAUGUAACUUAGUGAAGUGCAGGACAUGCAGGCUGAAUUGCCUCAUUCAUUUGUUUUUGCUGCUGUAGAAGAAUGCAAUGCUCGGCGGUGCAAUUACUGGGGCACUUAUAUCGGCUGCUCACGGUCAUGGUAGAGACCAGGUUAUUGCCAAUGCUAUCACCAUAGGUGCCUUAGCUACUGCUGCCAAGUUGAUCAACAACCUCGAUUACGAAAGUGAUGAUGGAGACGAAUUGGAUGAUUGGGCCGAGGGCCGCCCCCACUUCCCCUUGGUCUCCUUUCCUUAAUAUUCACCUUGAGUCGUCAAAGCCUCAACUAAUUCAGAGGGGCCUCAGCCGGCAACAAACAAUCAGUUUCAGUGCUGAAUUUAACUUUCAGUCAUCCAAAGUGAGUAUAAAAAUGCUAACAUCUGUUUGAUUGAAUCCAAGGUGAGUGUAAGCUGAGGUGAUAUAUUAAUUCAAAUCAUGAGAAGCUUUAAAAUUUAACCUAGUAUUUGAUGUCGUGGCAAUCCUUCUCUUGCCUAAAGUUGCUUUUGAAUACCAUGCGGGGGCUUAGUCUUCUUAGAGGCCAUAUCAUACAUGUCCCAGCAACUCUUUUAUUAGAUACUUCAAUCUAGUUUAGAUUUUGCUGGACCUGCACUCCGCCUUCAGGGCAUGAAGCAGGAAUUAGGGUAACGCCGCGACAACCAACAACGUGGGACCAUCGCCGACGUGAUGCUACUUUCCGUUCGUCUUUCAAAUGCUUCUAAUCUACAAUCAUGGAAGAAGAGCCUGAUUACCAAAAUUCUGGUUAAUGGAGACAUGCAAAACACCAUGAAAUGGUAAGCACUAAUAUAUGCGUGCGGAUCGGACGGACACAGCCAUUAUUAUGUUCAGAUCUAGUUGGGUGCUUGUUACCAGAUCAUUUCAAGGUUCAUUUACUAAGACCAGUGCUUUUUAUUUCAUAUGUUCAAAUCCACAUAUGAUUCUCAACUACAGAGGCAGCUCAAAUGUUAAAUCUGCGCCAAAAUUAAAUUGGCAAUAGGUUGGAUUUAUCCAAGUCGAGCUGCCGUAAGAUGAGUUUUUGGAAUUGAUAUCCUUCUAUGCCAAAUUCCCUGCAUAUUCCAGUACCAGCAGUCAAAAGAAAUGAACCGGUCCAGGUCCCAUAAAACGAGUCACUGCAACAUACUUGCUAUAUUAAAUUUUAGUUCUUCAAACUCGAGAGGAGCGAGUGCCGGGCAUGCCAAGAGAUGAUCUUUGUCCACAAAGGGAAGAAAAGCAGAAUUUUUGAUAUGCUCCAGUCAAGACAGCAAGAGCCUUGGCAUGAAGAACAGUCCUGGAAAACUCGAAUUAGAUUGCAAGUAGAUUAGCUGGUUGAAGGAAUUAGUUGUGAAUUGUUAUGGUCACUCUCAUAGGUAAUUUGGUGGUCUGAUAUUACCAACCGAGGCACCUUCCUAUGACAAAGGCCCAUCCUAUCCAGUCAAGCCAGCAGACAGAUGUUCGUGUCGUUUACGCAUGCUGCCCCAUGGCCACUGUUUUCAAACUUUCUGUUCGAGUGUGACAAAUGACUGUUUACGCGCUCUAAGAUUUUUUUUUAGAUUACACGGCUAGCUUCAAUGAAUCUUCUACGAGGGGAGACACAAAUUAAAUCUUCUGGAGAUCAAGGAAUCUUUGGUUGACACUAAGAUUAGAAAUGUCACUAACCUUAAUCCAUGGCUAAUUUAAAUACGGAAACAAAUCCGAGAGAAAUCUAGACGUGUCCCGCACUGCACGGACAUGAAGACUUUUAAGCGGGCAACUUUCGUGCUCGGCUGUGAGCCGCCCAUCCAUCGCUGUCGUCAUAAACAAAAAACCUGCCCCAGAUGGGGACUUCUUCGCACCAUCAAUUACGUGGGAACAAGGACUUGGAGACAAGCCGGGCCACAUCGAUAGAGACGGCGUUGAUAUCAAGCAAAAGAGAAAGAAAGAAGACAAACUCGCACUGCUACGUUAACCACAGAGCACAAGGGCUCUCUUCUUCUUUUUUAACAUAGUAAAGCAACGCGACAUGGGAGAUAGAAGCAGGACACACACCCACAACCACACAAACAGACGAGAGAGGAAGAGAGAGG